AUGGAUCCAUAUACUUCAAGUAUGUCAAAUUCUCAAGAGAUAUCCCCAGAGUUCUACGUGAAAAGGAAGGCUUACGACCAAGCCACAUUUGACAACGAAUUUGAAAGUCACAAUGGGCUUAAAAAGUCGCACUUGGAAUGUAUUUGGGAAAAGAUUAGACCGAAAUGCUCAACAAAAAUCGUUAAGAAUGGACUUAAAUCAUCGUUUCCAGUAAUUGAUUGGCUGGGUCACUACAACUUUCGUCAAGAUUUAUUAGCGGAUUUUAUCGCAGGUAUCACUGUUGCUGUGUUUCAGAUACCACAAGGUAUGGCCUAUGGGCUAUUGGCUGCCGUUCCACCCAUCUAUGGGCUAUACACGUCGUUUUUCCCUGUGUUUAUUUACUUUUUGAUGGGCACUUCGCGACAAAUCUCUGUUGGAACAUUUGCAAUUGUCUCACUAAUGACUGGUGGGGCAGUUGAGAGGUUCAUUUCAUCAUCAAAUGCUCAGUCCCCUUCAUUUCUGAACGGAACCGAAACCAUAGGCGAUUAUUUAAAUACAACUACUACGACGCCCCCCACAGGUGGGAACGUUAACAACAAUGUUCAACCUAUAACAGUUGCGACAGCACUUUGUUUGAUUGUGGGAAUUUAUCAGGUUUUUUCUGGAUUUCUCAGACUGGGGUUUAUCAGUGUCUAUUUAUCUAGACAGUUGGUUAGUGGCUUCACGUGCGCUUCAGCAUUCCAUGUGCUAACCAGUCAAAUCAAGUAUAUAUUUGGAAUUAAACUACCACGUCACACUGGUCCCUUGAACCUAAUCUAUACGUACAUUUCUUUCUUUACAAAUAUCACUGAAACUAACUACAAGACUUUAUUGAUGUCAGCUGUAACCAUCACCAUUCUGGCCGUGGUGAAGGAACAUAUAAAUCCACGAGUGAAGCAAAAAUUUAAGAUACCUCUUCCUAUAGAACUAGUUGUGGUCAUUGUUGGAACGGUGACAUCCUAUUUCAUCCGACUUCAUGACAACCAUGAAGUUGAGACCGUCGGUAACAUCCCUCUCGGCUUUCCACACCCAAAGGUGCCGAACUUCACGCUUCUGCCACAACUACUAGGUACUGGGGUCGCCAUCGCCAUUGUCGGCUACACAUCGUCUCUGUCUCUUGCUAAAAUAUAUGCCACUAAGUAUAACUACAAUGUGGAUGCUAACCAGGAACUGGUUGCUUUAGGAACGGCAAACAUUUUUAGUUCUUUCUUCUUGUGUGUUCCCGGAGCCGCUUCCCUUUCUCGUAGCUCUGUUCAAGAAGGUGCUGGAGGAAAGACUCAACUUGUGAGUUUGAUCAACUGCAUCGUUCUCCUAGUGGUUCUACUUGCACUUGGUCCUCUACUUGAAGAUUUACCAAACUGUAUCCUGUCUUCUAUUAUUGUGGUUGCGUUGAAAAAUCUUCUGCUUCUUGUCAAAGAUCUCAAAUAUUUCUGGGGAGUCAACAAAGUAGACGGAAUGAUUUGGAUUAUAACAUUUCUUUCGGUCUUGAUACUAGAUGUUGACAUUGGGCUGGGAAUCGGAGUGGCUUUUUCAUUGGUCACGAUUAUUUUCAGGUCUCAAAGACCAAAAACCUAUCUACUAGGGUGUAUACCAGAAACAACAGUUUAUGUACCCUUGAAGAAAUAUUCAACAGCUCGGCAGAUUCCCAAUGUAGUCAUAUUUCACUUUGGUGGACCACUGCAUUUUGCCAAUAUGGAAUACUUUGAGUCAGAAAUGAGUAUACAGACAGGCAUAUUACCAAGUGUCAUUGCUAGUUCAAAGAAAAGACUUCAGAAAAAUAUGUCUGACAAGAGCUUGGAGAAUACUCUAAAGAUAUCAGAAAGUGAAAUUGUAUUAACUAAGAAAUCAGCAAACGACGAAAACACCCAAGGGUACAUCAACUUUGGCUUUACAGAAAAGACAAAGGACCAGUUACCAUCUUAUGAUUACAACUUUGACGCAACUCGGCUACCCACACAUAUAAUCAUAGAGUGUUCUGGUUUUGGUUAUCUCGACACAAGCGGAGUAACUACUCUAAAGCAGGUUUUUAAGAAACAUAAGAAAGUUGAGAUCAACAUUUACCUCGCUUGUUGUCCUGCUAACGUAUAUUCCAUGUUAGAAAAAGGUGGAUUCUUUGAAGAAGUGUCUCAAAAUAAUGUGUUCCCCACUGUUCAUGACGCUGUAUUACAUAUUGCGCAAAACGGAAAAAAGGUGGCGCCGUCUUUUGAUGGAAAUCAUAAUCCCUGCGAAAUUGUUUCACAUAUGUAAAUAGACUGAUCCGUUUCAAAGUGGAUACAAGUUCCAACGUCUAAGGCUAUAGAGAAGGAAGGAAAACUGCGAACAAAUAGACGUUUGUAACUGCUAUUACCAUAAACAUUAGUUUAAUGAAAGAACGUUUAUUUGUUUCUUCUAUGAAAUAUUUGGAAAAUCAAAAAUAUCGUAGAGUUUA